AUGUCCCAGAACGAAAUCGCCAACAAUGGCUGGGACUUGAUCGCAGCCGCCUCGCAGAAGGCACUCAACGAACAACUUGCAAAGAUACAUCCAGUGACGCUUAAGAAGCAGAUAGAAAUGGAAUUGCUCGGAUCAAAAGAAAAGGUGGAUGUAGACCUCGUUUUCAACGGACCAGAGCUGCGAGUAAGAGAUGGAUCUGGCCGGCAGGUUGAUGUUCUUCUACCGGUCCAAGGUACCGUCAAAGUAGACGGCAUCCUGAAAGCCAACAUUGUGAUACCAAAGGGUGAGAAAGUCACCGUGACAACCGAGCUUAUGCAGAUCGAGAACAAACUGGUGCCGCAUCCUGACGAAAAGCAAACCAACUACGAUCUGAUGAUUGACUUCAAAAGCGAGAAGGCCAUUGUUGACAUGAAGCUCAACAUACCGACCGCAGACCUCGCGUUUUUGAUUGAAACGAUGAAGGUAUUAGUCCAAAAAGAGCUCCAUGGUGGCAAGGAGUACAAGGUCGCCUCUUUUGCGUUGUCGAACGAGAAGGCCAAAGAAUACAAGUCCUUAAUCCCUCACACUGCCGACUUCUCCUUUGUUCAAGAUGUAAAGGAUCCCGGCCGCAGCAACUUGCUCGUGCUGAUGCAAUCCGUGUCUGAGGGAAAGCCCGAUGGUGGGAUUCUCUUCAAAAAGCCACUUCUUGCCUCCAACCAGGAUUUCAUGGUGCUCGCCUCCAACAAGCUGUUCCUGGAACACUUUGUCUUGCCCCCAUUGAUUGAAAAUCUCAAGAAGAAUGCCAAGGACGGCGACAGCUUGCCCAAGACAAUGUUAAUCAAAAAGGUUGGAGGGUCUGACUCUGAGUUGUAUCAGUUAUACAACAAAUCGAACAUCAAUCUCAGCUUUGAUCAUGACCCCUGGAUUGACACAAUGACGGCGGAAAUCGACACCACUGAGAAGGCGCUAUAUUUCAACCUGCUGGUGAAAGUUGACGCGACCUUUAUACACAUCCACGGGUCGGCGUGGGACAAAAGCUGGCAGCAGUUUCAGGUCGAUCAGGCAAAGCAGACGGUCACCCUGAAACAAAUCAAGGAGGAUAAAGGCAAAGAUACAAGCAUGGAAUGGUGGAAGUGGCUGCUCGCGUGCCUCGAUUGGAUUGUGCUCCUAGUGGUUGGUAUUAUAUAUGCGGUUGUGGAAAACAAGAUAACCGACCUUGGAGGGACCUUUGUACAGACUGCACCCUUGGUGGUCCAGUGGCCUAACCAGAAGUAUGUCUCGCUGAAGGGGAUGAGUACACCCAGCCAUGUUGUUCUUGAUCUAGAUGUGCACUUCUCUUGA